ACCCCUUAUCCGCUUCGUCAAUGUGCCAUCCAUCCAAUGUAUGCAACUGUCAAGCUCGCUAGGCCAGCAAGCUGAGGCACCAGCCCAACCAUGGACGCCGUUGCCGGGGCAAGCGUGAGCUCCUCUUCGGCGCGGCUCCGCCCGUGCCCACGCCCCCGCCGCAUCGGCAACGUCGCACCGGCCACCGUGCGCCGCCGUAGCCGGAGACGUGCUGUGACCUGCGCGGCCGCCGCGGACGCCGACGUCGUCGGCCUCUUCGACGCCGCCAAGCUCACGGUGGACAGGUUUGUGGAGAGCGGCAUGGUGGUCGGGCUCGGCUCCGGCCCGGCGUCCGGCCUCGCCAUCCAGUACCUCGGCACUCGCCUCCGGCGAGGGUCUCUCACUGGCAUCCUUGGAAUACCCUCGUCCACGAUCAGUGCAAGUGAGGCAGUGAAAGCAGGGAUACAGGUCAGCAGCUACGAGGAAGGCACCCAAAUUGACUUUGCUUUCACUGAUGCUGAUAUAAUUGAAGAGGACACAAUGACCGCUGUCAUUGGCCGUCGGAAAACGGAGAGCGGAGAGCCUUCUUUCAUGGUGGAGAAGGGUAUUGUUAAAUCAGCUGAUAAACUUGCCUUCAUCAUUGGCCAUGAAAAAUAUGUGAAAGGCAUCGAAGGUUCAAUUCCAGUCUUGGUGAAAAGUGCAAAUUGGAUCGACACUGCUGAAGAGAUUGAUGACUUGUUCCUAGGAGACGCAGAGGUAUGGAGGCGGCCAUCGAUUGGAACCGCUGGUCCAUUAGGAGGUGACUUCCCAUUGGUUACCAAGGAGGGCCAUCAUGUACUUGAUGUUAUCUUCACAACUCCCAUCCCGGAUCUUGGUAAGGUAGCAGAAAGCUUGGAGAAAAUUGCCGGUGUCGUGGACCAUGGGAUAGUUUCCAGCAUUCCAUCAUAUGUCGUAGUUGCAUUGAACGGGGAAGUGCAGGUCUUGGAUGAGAAGUCAUCGGUGAUACCAUAGCACCGAAAAUACAAAUUCACCAAGUUUUACAGAAGAAUCUAUUGCAGAUAGGCUGAAAAAUGCCAGUGAGUUAAUCGUGUGGCAGUAUUUUUUUUCACCAUACGACAUUGUUGUCGUUCGGUUUAUGACAACCACCACACGACCGGAGAAUUUUACAACCCGAGAUCUACAGUUACUGUGAAGAAUCGUGUGAAUUUUUCUGUUUUUUUUUUUGUGAAUCACGUCUAUAUUAAGUUUUCAGAGACCAUGGAUUAAAAGUUUGAGCCGAGUCAUAAAAGAAAGUUGGCCAGCGACCAUGUAAUAUGUAUGACCAAUUGGCAAAAUAUUCUUCUCGAAGCAUCUUUC